UGGCAUUAUGAAUAAGAAAGCAAGACAUAUCAUCAUCGCAAUAAACCCCACGUCGCAAGAAGCUGAGCAUACCGUUGAUUGGGCCAUAAGUAAUAUAUUAGAUUCAAACCGCGAUCAAGUCGACCUUGUAUGUGCUCUCGACCUCGAUGUUGAUUUUACAGACGAUGUCAUAUCCGAUGUGCCAGCCAUGUACGAUUAUCAAUACCUCAAUGAUAUGGAGCAACAGAUUGAAAGUCGGUCUGCCAAUGCAAUGAAACGGUUUGAGGGCAUGCUGACUGAAAAUGAUAUCAAUGUAAAGGUGAAAGUUUACAAGGCGAUAGGAUCAGAACCUCGGAACAUUUUGGUAGAAUAUACCCAAGCUUCAAAUGCUGAUAUAUUAAUAAUGGGCAGCCGCAAUCUCACCACUUGGAAGAGGUUCUUUUGGGGGAGCUUCAGUGAGUAUGUACAAGCCCACGUUAACUGCCCUGUCAUCAUCGUGAAAGAAUGAUGAUUAUUGAAAAUGCGAAAGAAGCUUGUUGCUGCGUCAUAUCGCCAUAACUAAAUAUAGACACACCGAAUAAACCAUGAUCAAACGUUAGCGUUUACAGCGACUACCCAAAACAAAGCAUUACGUUGCUACCGUCCGUUUGUGAGCAGACGGUUGAUUUUCAUGAAGUUUACCUAGUCCAAACCACUUUCAAAGUGCGUAGGCGUUGAUUCAAAGGUUAGGGAGUAAUUGUAUGGGAUUUUCAGCAGGUACUGUAGCGGAACCCGGACUUAAAAUUGCAAAAGUUACUUCGCGCCAGACUUGGUCCCCACAUGCUUUAUAAUCUCGUGAUUGGUGGGUGAGUACGCGCCGAGCCAAAAUGCC